AUGGUCUUAUUUGCUCCCGUGAAGAAGAAGUAUAUACAGACACAGAGAAAUGUCCAGGAUCCUACAUCCGGAAGGAAUCCAGGUCGCGAGGACAUCAUUGACCAGAUCGCCCUGUCUAGACCUAUAGAUGUAGAUUCAAAUGCAGAGGACCACAGUUCACCAAACCUGGACCAGGUGAAAAGGAAGAUCCAGUCUUGGCACAAUCAAGACCGGGAGUGGGAUUCUAUAGUACAAGCUGCUGGGAGCGGAUCCCACUACACCGGCAAAAUGGUCCGUGAAACACAGCAGCUACCAAAUGCGCUUUUCAAGGAUGGGGACCUUUUCGAGUCUUUCCUCUUUCAUCGUCCCCCGCGAAACACGUACUGCCUUGAGGAUUUACCAGACGACCAAAUCCGGCGAGGUCAACAGAACGGUCGGCUUUUGACUAUCUGGGAACUACUUGAUGUGAACUGA